AUGCAACAAACUCCCAAUCCUGUUAUUAAUGGGCCUACAAUUGAAAAUAAAGUUCCUUUUACAAAAGAAGAUAGUUUAAAUGGUUAUCAAGAUGUGUCGAGACACCCAUCGCCUCAACCGCAAAACGGCUCACCAGGUCCCCUGCCGAACCAGACACGACCCCCAUUGAUCCGCUUAGAUAGCCGGAGCACAUUUCCUGGUGUGCGACCUGGAUUUCCAAACCCAGGGGGUCAAAUAAGACCGCAGCCACAAAUAAGACCUGGUGGAGUGCAAGCUCCUUUUGUACCGAGAAAUCCUUUACCGCAAGGCGUAAAUAGACCACCAGGUCAGCCACCGUUCCAACAGCAACAGAGUUUCCAACAGUAUCAACAAGGACAGUUUAUUCAAAAUCAGCAAAGGCCCAACUUUAGACCUCCGACGCCAUUUCCUAGGCCGCCGCAAGGUUCUGCACCGAGACCCCAGGGGAUUUUUCCGCAGAGAUCAGCGCCUCCUUUGGGUUUACAAAGGAGUCAGCUGUCAGAGGAAGAAUUACUUAAGACGGAAUUACAGAGAAGUCAAACGCUGGAUCCAGGCGAAUUAUCCACGUCUCAAAGGCAGGAAAAUGAAGCCCCCUUGGAGGUGUCCUCCAGGCCCAACUUGGCGGCCAUGAAAAAUCGGAGCUACAGCCUUCAAUCGAACUCCUCCGAUCAACAGGAUUUGGCCCAAACUUUAGAGGAACGCAGGCGUUCGGUGGCGAGCGUUGAAAGCCUCGGUGAGAAGGAUGACGAAACUUCAUCCAGACCAGAGUCCAGGAUGUCGCAUAUGAAUAAAAUCCUGGAAGAUGAUGAUGACAAACUGUCCAUUACCUCGAAUAUAUCUCCGUCCUCAUUAACGGAUGUUUCGCAUAAAAGCGUUAAUAACGAUACUUUUUCUAUGAAUAAAUCGGAAUUAAAUACUUCUGUGUCUGGGUCAAAUGGACUUCAAGACAAGCCUCAAACCAGUAAGCAGGAUAGCAGGCCUGCUAGCAGGGCAGAGGCUUCAAGAAUCACGCCUAAAUUGGCGUCUCCUAACAAAUCAGAAGGCGACAAUGAUAGUGGAGUCGACGAAUCUACACAAGGAAACGAACACUCAAGCAAUGGAGAUGCCAGAGAAUCUGCAAGAAAAGUCAACAAAAGCCGCGUGUCAUCGGCCACCCCAACAAAAGGUAGAUCCUUAUCAAGGGGAUCAAAGUCACCUGCAAGUCUCUUAAGUCCAGAUUCCACAGCCACCACACCAGGAUCAGAGAAAAAAAAAGUUCCCAUGAACAAGGUCCAAGUAGGAUCGGCACCUUCACCAAACUUGAAAGUGGUCAGAUCAAAAAUAGGAUCCUUGGAUAACGCCAGUUACAAACCGAGUGGUGGAAAAGUUAAAAUCGAAAGCAAGAAGAUCGAUUUUAAAAAUGUUACACCAAGAAUUGAAGCCAAAAAUGACAGAUACACCCCUAGAGGAGGCGACAAAAAAAUUGCAUCUGCAAAGCUUCAAUGGAACGCAAAAUCAAAAAUAGGCUCACUAGAAAACGCAACUUACAAACCUAAGGGCGGCGAUAAAAAAAUCGAAAGCGUUAAGCUGGACUUUAAAGACAAAGCUAAAUCGAAAGUCGGUUCCACAGCCAAUCUAAAACACGUGCCGGGCGGUGGAGACAUAAAGAUUGAAACUAAAAAAAUCGAGUUAAACGUUACAAGCAAGAUUGGAUCUUUGAACAACGUCAAGCACAAGCCUGGUGGGGGUGACAAGAAGAUUUUUGACGAUAAGGAGUACCUCAAGCAAAAGCCCAGCACCGUCAGCCAAAAUCAAUCCCUAUCCGGUUCACAGAAACGGCGAGUUUCCAUGAGCGACACCGUAACUUCAAACGAAGUUCUCGUGCUGUCGCCCACCGAGCACACCAAACGAUAUUUAGUAACCAUAAGUGAAGAAACAACACUGGGCAGAGCUGGUUCUAUCAGACGACAAAAAAGUGCCCCUACCCCGAGACCUACAUGGAAGUUUUAA